AUGAAUUAUACCACCAAAGAUCGUUGGUCAUCAUUCAGCUUCAGUGUCUCUUGGCCAAAGCAUCCAAAGAAAAAUCCAACAAACUUUACACAACUCACAAACAAAUCAACAACAAUGAAACUCUUCGUGUUUGCUGUGUGCGUCAUUGCCUCCGUUGCAGCUGAUGUUUCCCACUUGAACCUGGGAAGUGGAUACAACUACAACAAGCCAUCUCCAUCUUUUGACAUUCCAUCGGCACCAGCACCUAUCUAUUCGGCACCUGCUCCUGCUCCAGUCUACUCUGCACCAGCUCCUGCUCCAGUUUACUCUGCUCCUGCUCCUGCUCCAGUUUACUCCGCACCAGCUCCAGCUCCAGUCUACUCUGCUCCUGCUCCUGCUCCAGUUUACUCUGCACCAGCCCCAGCUCCUGAGUACCUGCCUCCUGUUCAGGAUAUCCCAGCCCCUGCACCAGUGUACUCUGCUCCCGCUCCCGCCCCAGUUUACUCUGCACCUGCACCUGCUCCAGUCUACUCUGCCCCAGCUCCUGCCCCAGUUUUCUCGGCUCCUGCUCCAGCUCCAGCUCCUGAGUACCUGCCUCCUGUUCAGGAUAUCCCAGCCCCUGCUCCUGCUCCAGUCUACUCUGCCCCAGCACCUGCUCCAGUCUACUCUGCCCCAGCACCUGCUCCAGUCUACUCUGCUCCUGCUCCUGCUCCAGUUUACUCUGCACCAGCCCCAGCUCCUGAGUACCUGCCUCCUGUUCAGGAUAUCCCAGCCCCUGCACCAGUCUACUCUGCUCCCGCUCCCGCCCCAGUUUACUCUGCACCUGCUCCUGCUCCAGUCUACUCUGCCCCAGCUCCUGCUCCAGUUUUCUCGGCUCCUGCUCCAGCCCCAGCUCCUGAGUACCUGCCUCCUGUUCAGGAUAUCCCAGCCCCUGCACCAGUCUACUCUGCUCCCGCUCCCGCCCCAGUUUACUCUGCCCCAGCUCCUGCUCCAGUCUACUCUGCCCCAGCUCCCGCUCCAGAGUACCAUGACAUCCCUUCCGCCCCAUCCUCUGGCUACCAGUACAAUGUGCCAGCCAAGCGUUUCCGUUUCUAAACAAGUGCCACCAACCGAAUGGAAUCAUCACCCCAAAAGUCAA